ACAAUUUUUCUAGGUCAUACAAUCUUUCAAAUACUGUUUGUCUUGAACUUCAGUGUGGUACAUAUGAAACACACAGUGAUGGAUUGAUUUCAAUGAGGUGGAGAAAAUAUAAUGAUCCUGGUACAUUUUUGAUUCUUUUCAAAGGAAAGGGUCUCACGGAUAGCUUAAAAGUUUUGCAAUUUUGCAGUAACAACACAUUUAAGACAUGGAGUAAAACUAUAGUUGUAAAAAACGUCACUUUAACUUUCAAAGAUGAUAUUGUAUCAGCGCAAGUUGUAAUUCAGAACGUGUCCAAAGUUCACGAAGGAAAAUGGACAUUAAAAAAGAUACCACAGCCUAAAAUGGAAUUAGAUACCGGUACAAACAAAACAAGUGAAUCGAGCUGUUUUGUUAAAACAUUUGAUAAAGCAAAUAAUGUCCGAUGUUUUCCUUUCUUCAACUUGAAAACUGAUAUUUUGUACAUUAACUGUAAAGCAGAAUCAAUAUUUCGUAAAGCAGUAUGUAGUCUUAUUGACACUCAUGCGAAGAACUCCCCAGAAAUUUUUUAUCAACAUGCAGCACGGCUACAAAAACAUGGAGACAAUGCAGAGUACUACAACUCGUCGUGUCAACUUUCUCUACACUUACCAAACAGAAGUGAAGAAUAUUUGAUUAUAGUGACGGUCUUCCCAAAUGUUACAGGGUACAGUACAGAUAUUCAGUUCGGCACAAAACAAUCUGUCAAAACAGACUUUGAAAACUGUAUAUUACUGCAAGAUUUAUGUACACGGAGAAUACAAUACAAAUCUUCUUUAGGAAUUAUCGAUCAUCUGCUCAAUGCCGAGUUCAAUCAAUGUAUUGUAAACUCGAGUAAUAGCAACGACAGCGCAGACUUUAGUACAGAAUGCAAUUACUUAAGGAUAGACAAGAACACUUCUGGUACAUAUCAGUGCGUUCUUAUAAACAACACUUUAUUCCUGUACGAUAGAGAAACAAUUAUUUGUGACACUAUCUGCAACACUUCCAAUAUAAAUAGUGACUCUUUGUCCUCGAGCAACCAUAAAACGAUCACAGAAAAUAACUAUACAGUUGUCUCAUUAGCUGCAACACUUUCAGCUCUAUCAAUCACUUGUGUUGUUCUCUGUAUCAUUCUGAAAGGUCAGAUACGUGUAUUUAUAACAUAUCUCCAGCUUAAAGAAUUCAGGCAGAGUAAAUUCAACGCAGUUACUUCAUGUGAAAAUGUCGACGUCUAUAGCCUUAAUCACGAUAGAAACUAUAAAUUGGAAGAUACAUAUUGUAGCAUAGACGAAGUCAAAGUGCUUGAAAAUUUCAAUAUACAUUUGCAAUCGUCGAUACUUUAAACAAACCUUACUUCUGAAACUUGAGUGAAACUUAUUAAAGACCUGUUCUGACAAUAUAUCAAGUUUGAAAUCGUUGACAAGUAUUGAGUUUAGAUUGUAGACGUUUUGAGUUAUCAAUUUCCUUUUAUUUAAAUUGUUGGCAUGUCAUGAGUUUAAAAAUGUUGACAUGUUUUAUGGUUAGUAUGUUAAACAUUCUAGUUUAAGUUUGUCAUUUUUUAAAUUAAAAAAAAAAUAAAGUUGUACAUUCAAGUGCAGCAAUAUAGGCCUAUUGAAUAGUUUAAAUCUGAGUACUAAAAUAUUGAACGAUUCUAUCUUGGUUGUACUUGUUAAAAUCAUAUGAUUUAAUUGGACACAUUAAAGGUAUAUGAUAUUUCAUUACACCAAAAAAAGUUCUUGUUAGUUAUUAAUUUUGAAAUAAUGGAAUAAGGCUAAAAUGAUUCAGGUGAUGGAUUCUGUUAUAUAAUGUUUUGGAUGUGUUUUUUCAAUGUUUCUAUUUCUAGAAAAAAUGUAGACUUAAACGCCUGGAAAACCCGUUAUGAUCUGGCAUUCUGGGAUAUUCAACUUUCAACAUAAGUUACAAUUAAAUAUCACUUUUAUUA